UAUAUCAUAAACAUUCAUGAAAACAAACAUUUGCUUUUUGGUCUUAAUUUAAUGCUAGGGCUAUGCAUACGGUUAGCUAAGUUGUCAAGUUUAAGGUUAAGGUUUAAGAUUUUAAGAAGAUCAAUUGUAGAAAUAGGCGGGGUUUAGUCAUAGUUAUGACUUUGUGGUUGUGGUAACAAAGGAUGAACCCGUCUUUUCGCCUCAGCUUUCAAGGUAGAGAGACUGGCACCGUGUACAUCAAGCCAUUCGGUGAUAUCACUGAGAGGUCACAGUUUUACAGCUCUCUGCAAUUAUAUAGUGAACACAGCUGGUGGACAUUCAACCAAGGUGGUCUCAUAGUAAACUCAAGGAUGUCUGGAGAUCUGUCCCUUGACAUUAACAUCAAGGAGCCGCGAUGGGACCAGAGCACAUUCAUGGGCCGCGCCCAGCACUUCUUUUUCGUCACCGACCCCAGGAACAUCCUCAAGUCCUCUAAGACACUGGAGGACGCACGGGUCACUGUGGAGAACUACAGGUUAGGAGUGGUGAGGCCAGGUCUGACAGAAGAUGAGCUGUGGAGAGCCAAGUACAUCUAUGACUCUGCCUUCCACCCUGACACCGGAGAGAAGAUGGUGGUGGUGGGACGCAUGUCUGCCCAGGUCCCCAUGAACAUGACCAUCACCGGCUGUAUGCUCACAUUCUACAGGACGACUCCAGCGGUGGUGUUCUGGCAGUGGGUGAACCAGUCCUUCAACGCUGUGGUCAACUACACCAACCGCAGUGGAGACGCUGCCCUCACCACCAAUCAGCUGACUGUAGCGUACGUCAGUGCGACCACCGGAGCCGUAGUCACAGCCCUGGGACUCAAGUCUCUAGCCAAGCGCCUUCCAGCCGUCAUGAGCCGGUUCGUCCCCUUCUUUGCUGUAGCUGCUGCCAACUGUAUCAACAUCCCCUUCAUGAGGCAGAGGGAGCUGAAGUACGGCAUCCCAGUAACCGAUGAAAAUGGAAACCGGUUAGGGGAGUCAGUCACCGCUGCCAAGUCGGGCAUCAUUCAGGUGGUGGUGUCCAGGAUUGGCAUGGCUGUGCCAGCUAUGGCUAUCCCCCCUGUGAUCAUGAACGCCCUGGAGAAGAAAGCCUUUAUGAAGCGGUUCCCAGUCCUAAAUGCUCCAGUACAGGUGGGACUGGUGGGUCUGUGCCUGGUGUUUGCUACUCCUCUGUGCUGUGCCCUGUUCCCACAGAAGAGUUCUAUGACUGUGAGCAGCCUGGAGCCAGAUCUGCAGGAGAGGAUACGACAGAACAGUCCCCACACUACUACCGUCUUCUUCAACAAAGGCCUUUAGGACCACACACACACACCUCAGACCAGCCCCCUCUGCUGGCUGGACCCUGCUAGUACAGCUCAGCGGGCAAAGAUAAUAUUAUAUUUAUGCUUAUUUUUGUAUUUACCUUUGUUUACUAUGAUGUUUGUUAUAGGCUUUAGGAUUUGAUUAUGGUGAGGGGUGUGUCUGAAUGAUUGAAUAAGGGGGAGCCUACCCGUCAGGUUUUUGUCAUCAUUGUAGAUGAAGGAAAGGAGAUGAGGAAGCAACUUCAGAGUAAUGAGAUGCACCUAAGGUGAGAGUAGCGUGACAGACAAACAGACUAUGGUUUAAUUUGGGUUUAGUCUGGUGUAUUUGUCCUUCCUGGGGUUGUGGCUGUUUAGUUACUGACUGCUGUGAAUGUCACACACAGAAUGACAAAAUCUACUUCCAUCACCACCUACUACAUACAUGUCACCUUUUGUAUUUGACCCCAGAGUUUUUUUUUCUUCUUUUCUCUCCCCAAAGUGUGUUUUGUUAUUUAUUGCCCUUGUGUUUGCCCUUUUGAGCUGUGUGCACUGAAACCCAUUCAUGACUUAAAAUGAGAAAAUAGUCUAAUGUAAUCUGCUAGAUAUCCACUCCCUCAAAUUGCCUUAACUGUAGUCUAGUACAGGUAGUGAAGGAUAACAGUUGGUUUAUGAGCACAUUAGACUGACCUGUUAUUGAAUUGCUUUUUGGGUCUACCAGGGUUUUGUUUUCUGUUGCAAAAUGUUUUGCUCCAGUGAGUGUGCCCCAAUGAACAGGAUGAGCACAGUUUCUAUCUCCCUUGGAAGUGUACUUGCACACACGCUGUCCCACCUCAACCGCUCUCAGCCUAGUGCACUAGGAACCCUGUGUGUUUGUGUUAUCAAGAAAACCAAUGAUGCUGCAUGAGCACUCCUAAAUUAGAUUUCAGUAAGCACAUCCCCAAUAGCACAGAUGACAAUGAUAAGGCAGAAUAAAGGUUUCUAUAGGACAGGAUCAAAGGCUUAAUGUUUCAGCCUCAUAUCAAGGCCUCUCUUGAUUUGGAAACACUAUGGAUGAAUUUGGAUCGUGUCUGUGCAGUUUCAACGGAACUCAUUAAUUAUUGUUGGUGAAAUUUGUGCCGUGUGUCAGUAUUGUCAUGGAAGGGGAAUGUAUUGUCUAAAUGUUAAAGGAAUUGAGUCUGUUUUGUCCUAACCACCCUGCCACAGGCCUCCUGUCAGUUUGUGACGCUUAUUGUCUCUUUAGUCAUUCGUCUGUUACAGAGAAGAAGAGUUAACUUGCAGUGGUGACCUAGACUUCUGCAAUAAGAGGCAAGGGAGUAAAUAUGAAUCCCAGUCUGUUAGCUUUAGAUGAAUUGUGUUGUGGUGAUGUGUACCAAAUAUCCUUUUAUUGUCAUAAAACAAAGUUGUGAGAACCAGGGGUCUUAAACUACAGGCCCGCUGACCAAAUGUGUCUCCCAAGCUGAUUUAAUGUGGCCCGUGGUUGUCUUUAGUAAAUGCAGCCCAUGGUCAUGAAGAGAUACAGUGAGAUUCUGGCAUUUUCCACUUACCCAGAUUCUGAUUAACUCGUGGAUACCAGGUGUAUGUCUCUACAGGCAGUGUGAAGGAAGUUAGAUAUUUCUGCGGGCCAAGGCUAACUAGUGUUAGCACAAUGAUUGGUAGUCUACCUGUACGCUAGCAUAAGCUUAAUUCCUAGAAUCUGUCAGUGUCCCUUUAACCGUGUGUAAAAGGAAAUCAUUGAUUAGAUUGUAGGACAGUUGGAAGAAAUGCUUGGAUCUUUAGUUCCUGUGUGGAAAAUCUGGGCUUAGUUAGAGCAUUCCUGAUCAAACCUGGGCUAUAAUACAGUAUAUUAAUGUUGAAUAUCCAGCUAGAUGUCAAGUGUAGUAGUCUAGACAAUUUCAUAGUACCGUAUCAACUGAGUAACUUUGUGGUGGAAAUAUAGUAUGUACAACGGGUAUAUUUUUGCGGGAUUAAGAUGCCGUAACAGAGGAUAUAAUUUAACAAAUAAAUGGUGGCGACGUAUUAGAUUUAAAACUUCAGGGUGCACUGUUCCAUUUCUCCACCAGGUGGCUACAUUUAUUCAGCUAGAAGUUAAACAACUAUUACACAUUUUCAGUGUGUUUGUGUGAGAGUUUGAAUAUAGUUGUCAAAACCACCCAUCAAUGUUGUCCCGGCUGACUUUAAUAUGGCUUCGCCAUGUAGCUUGGUCCCAGAUCUGUUUGUGCAGUCUUGCCAGGCUAUAGGUCACCUUUUCGUCAGUCAGUAUUGCAUGUCUACCAAACCACUCUAGUUGGUAGUUCCCUCUGAAUGAAAUCAGUGGAUAUUUAUGCAAUGAAGACAUGAAUCUCCUCCUCAGACUUGGUUGUUUUUGUAAAAAUGCUUUUUUUUGUAAUGUAUCCGCAUAGCCUGGUCCCAGUUCUGUUUAUGCGGUCUUGUUUAGGGUGACUGGCCAUAGGAUUUGGAUAACACACAGAUAUGGAACCAGGCUAGGCUCCUCAUACAUUUUUAUAGCAAAUGUAUGUCUAGACGAUCAGAUGCACUGCAGCACAGUGUUAUGGCCAUACAGUAAACACUACUACAUUAUGCCAUGGCUUUCAACUGUAAAUACCAGGGUUGGAGUCAGUUCCUUCUCAAUCGACUGAAUUGAAAUGGACUUAACCCCAAUUCCAGUAGAUACUGGUUCAUCUGUACCGUACCUACGCACACAUAGUAAAUGGUUAUUCCACUAGUCACAAUAUUUAUGUGUCAAUUGAAUAAAAUACCAUAUUUCAUGAGCAAGUUGGCACCAUUGUAAACUCAUUCACUUGCUAUAAAAGGAGGUACCCUCUUCAUUGUAUGUUUGGGCCUUGGGGGGGGGGGGGGGUGCGCGCAUCUUGGAGUCUGGCCUGGAAUUGGGUGCUGUGUAAUAACCAAUGUAAAGGGUGGGGGUACCACCUUUCUUUAAAAAAAAAAAAAAAUGUAUUGGAAAUGUUUGUACUGUUUCUAUAAUGUGCAUGAUAUAAACCAAGUCACAAUUUAUUAUGAGCUUAGAGUAAGUUAUCCAGCAGUAGCUAGCUUUAUUUUAUCAUCGCCAUUUAGCUUUUCCCCAUUUAGUUGUUUUCUGAUCCUUUUGGUGGGGAGGGCAAGGAAAUGUGACUAGAACAAAUGAACCUAUAGCCCAGCCUUUAUGUGCUGACAGAAACAUGCAAGGCUUGGAAUUGAAGUAGAAAGGGCAGUGGUCUUUAGCGUUUGUCAUCGGCUUCAGCUUUAUAUGACGAUCCUCUAUCAAGAUAUUUUCAUGCAAUAACUUUCAUAUGAAAUAUCUCUAGGUUAGCUUAGGCAUGUCAUUGUGUUUAUAUAUUAAAUAUCUCUAGGUUAGCUUAGGCAUGUCAUGGAAUUUGGUCUUGGCAGCACAUUAAAGGCACAACACUGAAGACAAUCUAUGAUGUCGCUACACUCCAUGAAUGUUUUCAUGUUAAUGUGUGUCCAUGUCCAGUACCCAUGUAGUUGUCAGUAUUGGUGCUCACUACUUGUUUUUCCCCUCCAUUUUGAGUUGGAAUAUGUUCUGUCACACCUGGACUAUGUAAGACAUUUACUAAGCUAUAGAAUAAAGUGAUUGAAAUGUGA